UAAAUUGUAUUAUUGCUCGACUGUUUGGGCAGGUACCUUUAAAGAGAAUAUAAGGAAAUUACAACUGGUUCAAAAUUUUGCUGCUAGAAUAAUCUCUGGCAAGAGGAAAUUUGACCAUAUUUCAUCCACAAUUAAAGACCUUGGAUGGUUAUCAGUCCAGGACAUGUUAGCUUAUCGUGAUGCUCAAAUGGUAUAUAAAAUUAUUAACGGUAGUGUACCGUUGUAUUUAAAAAAUUUUGUAAAGAGACAUUCUGACGUACACAAUCGUAGCACUCGUAAUAGCCAUAAUCUUGAUAUCCCAAAAUGUAGAACAAGCUUUGCCCAACGUUCAUUUGGAUACAGAGCUAUUAAAUUGUGGAAUAGUUUACCGAACAAUGUUAGAGAGAGUACUUCAUUGAACACUUUUAAACACCUGGCUCCUUAA